AUGAAAUUGCAAAUCCUACCGACGCGCUUCUUGCCGGUCUUUCUGGCGCUUUUCUUCGAGGUGGAAGAGCGGUUUCGGCUGCUUGAGCUUGAAGAGCGGCUGCCGCUCUUCAAGCUCCUCACCUCACAAUUGCACGGAAAAGCGGCAGCAACUCUUCAGGCUCAAGCAGCCGAAACCGCUCUUCCACCUCGAAGAAAAGCGCCAGAAAGGCCGGCAAGAAGCGCGUCGGCUCAAGCAGCCGAAACCGCCCCUCCACCUCGAAGAAAAGCGCCAGAAAGACCGGCAAGAAGCGCGUCGCAAAGAUUCCCAGCCUAUCGCGAAGUCGGAGUCCUGGAUCCUCGAGUGCACAGACAUACUGCCCACCGUUCCCGCAGCCGUUCCACUUCAUCUCGGCUCAACUCGGCGCCAAACCGUUCUAUCCCAUUUAUUGGAUGGAAAAGCGGCAGCAACUCUUCAGGCUCAAGCAGCCGAAACAGCCCCUCCACCUCGAAGAAAAGCGCCAGAAAGACCGGCAAGAAGCGCGUCGCAGCAAUUACUCCAAACCUAACGCCAAGUCGGACGAGUCCUGGAUCCUCGAGUCCCCCGACACAGCAAUUUUUCUUUUCUCAUCGACGGAGCUCGACCCCCAUUGGAUGCUACCGACCUUUGCCCAACCCCUCCAUCAGUCAAAUCACUCCUUUGCCGGCCGGUCAGCACUACAACUUUCGUCCUCGUCCACCCAAACAGCAACAAAGCAACAACGUCCAUAUGAUGCACAAAAAGAAG